AUUAUAUAUAAUUAUAUGUAUAUUAUGUUUCGAGGGAAGGAACAAUGUUAACAAUAAUAUUACGUUUAUAAUAACAAUUUAGAUUUAUUUAAACAAUCUAUACAACAUAACAUGUCGUGAGUGAUCAAAGAACAUAAAAUUAUUAUAUUAAUUAUAUUGUAAUACAUUUCUUCUUUCUUCUAAAUUAUUAUAAAUCUGAUUGAUGAUUUAGAAUUUCUUUUUUUACGAUAUAAAUCUUUUAUUAAGAUAAAAUGUGGGCUGCUGAUGGGUCCUAUAGUGCAUUGGUACAAAUGGUGCAAGGUAUCUUAAAGUAUUCGGAUUUUGUUCAUAGAUCAUUGUACGAGUAGGAAUAACAGGUGAAUGAUAUAUAUUUUCUCUUGAUUUUUCUUUCAUAAUCACAGGAACGAGCACGUUUGUUUGUUCGGUACUAUCAAAAACAAAGUCAAAUGGUGCAGGCCAAAUUUGAAGUUCUUUCCUCUCCCCUUCGUGCAAUUUUUUCUCAGUUAAUCUUUCUGGAAGACCUAUUUUAGGAGUUAGGUCCUCGGCAUUCAAUUCCUUUUUUUGUGAUUUUUUCUCAUCGGUUGUACUCCUUGCGUCGAUGUUACUAGAAUGAUCUUCUUCUUUCGUGACUUUUUCGGAAUGGAAACGACGCGUUUUAGCUUCUUCAAGUUCGUCUGGUCCGUAAACAUAUCGAAUUGGUAAAAUGUAUGGCGAGUUUUUAACGAAAGCAAAUUCGUUAAAUGAUUUAUUUUUUAUCGGAAUGACAUUAUUACGAAUGUUACUUACCUUCUUAAUUUUCAAUUCGUUAGAAUUAGUCUUAUCUACGAAUGGAGUUGAUUCGCUAUUUUGAAUUGGAUCAUUUUUAUUCGAAGUUGAAUCAUUCUCGUAUUUCGGAUUUUCCGAUUCAUUUUUAAUAUCUUUUUCCGAUUGAUCAUUAUUUUCUAAAUUAUACUCUUCGUAUUUAUUUUCUAAUGGUAUAAUAGCAUAUUCCUCUCUGAGCUUUUUAUAUAGAUCUUCGUUAAUUUGCUUAUCAUUUUUAGAUUCGGGCCUUUCCUCGUACUUCUCUUCAGAUUCCUCGAUAAAAUCAGAAAUGUUUGGAGAAUCCUGAGGUAUAGUUUGUUGAUUCUUAACAUCGCCGUAAUAAUUAGCGAUCCUCUCGUCGACCAAAGCACGAUUGUCUACGAUUUCACCGUAACUAUCACGAAGCUGUUGGGGUGGUCUCUCUUUUUCAUAAUAAUCACUUAUCGGUAAUGGUUUAUCGUAAUUGACAUUGGUAUAAUUAUUAUCGUAGACUUUUGUGCCCGGUUCUUUUAAAUUUUCUUUUCGUUCGUCAUUUUUAUAAGAAUCAUCUUCGUCGUAAUCGUCAUAAUCUUCGAUAUUUUUUUGCUUUUCAUUCGUAGGACCUUCCCUUGGAUAGCCUGGAUAUUGUUCUUCGUAUGGUUCGCGUGAAUUUUCAGACUCUUCGUCUUCAUUAUUUCCAUGCGUUCCAUCUUCUUUAAUAUUCAAAGGAUACUCUCGUUCACGAUCAUCACCAUCAUCAUUUUCACGAUCCCUCGAUCCUUCCUUUUGUCCAGAAUGAUCCUCUUUCUGAUAAUCAUGAUAUCGUUCUCUCUCUCUUCCUAUUACUCUCUGUUUAGAAUCAUUCUCAUUGCGAUAAAUAUGAUUCCGUUCUUUCUCUCGUUCCUUUAAUUUCUCAGCACAUUCUUGCUGUUUACGUUCCAACUGAGUUAUUCUUUCCUCGUGCAACAUUUUCCAAUAAGGUUCGCCGAUAUAAAUGUUAUGUUGAAAUUUAUUUUCCGGUAUAGCUACAUCCUUCUCACUUUGUAUCUUUCUAUUUUCCACGUUAUAAUUUUCUAUAUUCUCAUUCUUUCUAUAAACAAUUUCUUGUUCCUUCCUACGCGGUAUGUUCGUAUUUUUAAUAGAAAAAUUAAUCUUCGUUGUUGGUGAUAUCGGAGGUGGAAGAUUAGGUGCGAUCGGUAAAGGGAUUUUGACCAAGUAUGGAGUUAACAAAGGUGGCCUAUAUUUCAAUGAUUCUCUUACAUCAAACGAUGACAUUGUACUGAAAGAUGAAGGGGUUGUCGAUGAAAGUAUAGGAAUCGAUGAUGAUGUUGAUGACGAUGAUGCAGGAGGAUUUGUUGUUUGACUACCGUGAAAUAUUCUUUCGUAUUGUUGCAAAUGUCCAACCACGUCGGAUCUAUUACCAAAAUUGACAACACCGGUAAAUCUGAUAGUUUCUUUUUGUCUGGGUUGUGCCGUUGUUGUCGAAAUUGGCAUUGCUGCUUGAGUGGAAGAACGUAAGACAACUUGAUUAGGCAAAUUUAAAGGUAGCAUUAUCGGCGGCAUAAAAGAACUUUGAUUGUUCCCAGAUGCACCGGGAUUAUUGUCAGAUUUAACUGGAUUUGGAAGUGUGGCCAAUUGUAUUGGAGUUGGAGUGUAUCCAAAGAUCUGAGCUAAGCCUGACAAAAUUAAACCCAAUGCACGUUUGUCCCGAUAUUUUUCCACUUUAGUCAGAUUUUCCUUGUUAUUUUCAAUGCUUCUCGUAGGAGAGAUUUUUUCUACUUCGGCCGAAUAGCUCCUGCAUUCGACGCCAUUUAUAUCUAUGAAAUAGAAUAAGUAGAGUAUACACAGUGUUCCGUUGAGUUUCAUCGUCGAAGAGACACUUUUCUUUUACUUUUUUUCAAAAUAAUGUUUAACUUCACACAUUGAACGACAUGGCAGUACACUUUAACGUUUAUAAUAUAUAUCUUUCUGGGAUAAUUUCACUCACUUCGAAUGAUGUUUCACGAACGAUAUAAAAAAGAAACAAAUAAUGCACGGAUUUUUCAUAAAGAAUUAUCAAACAUUUAAAUGUUCGAACGACAACAAGCCAACGAAGAGACUUAAUUUGACAACAAUUCUUUUCGAAUAUUAGAAAUGUAAUGUUCACGAGUCGACGUCAGUCUUAGAACUGAGGAAUGGUAUAUGAUUAGAGAGAACAAAAUUUUGCAUAAUAUCGGAAAGAAAUGUCGAGAGAGUUUCUCUUCAAUUACACGCAUCCACUUGUUGAUUUGCAACAACUGAAGCGGCACGAUGUACUUACUACGUCCAAAGGGAAACUUUUAAGACUGACGAACUAGCUAUAUCGACUUUUCUUGAAUAGCAUAAAAUGUUAUAUAUCACGGUUGGCUUAACAAAAGAACUUUUUCUUAAUUUCGUAGUCCCACUCAUAAAAUCUAUCUGUGCGAAACUUAUAUUCUAUAAUAAUUUUUUGGUUGUUAAGAAAGAACGUUCUCGAGAAGGAAACUUUCCCCUCCUCGUGCUCUCUCUUUCUCUAAACUCUAAGUUCAAUUUUAAUCUAUAUAUUUAUUUAUAAAUUCAAUAAUGUUUUCUAUUGAUCAUAGAUUCAAACGACGAAUAGGAAAAAUAGGAAAAGAUAUUUAAUUUCACUUGGUUUUUCAUCGUAAUCGAGCGAAAGUCGAUUUAUUUAUUAUCAUUUAUUGGAAAUUAUAGAAAAACGUGAGAGAAAAACUCCGAAGAAAGUAAUUAAAUUUUUUUUCUAGAUUGAAUCGAAAGGAACGACCCCGAUGACGACGAUUGUGGAUGGAUAUUUCUGUUCUUACAUUCUGGAAUUACAUCAUUUUGCUUCGGUAAUAAUGGAAGGAAAAAAGAAAGGAAAAAAAAAAAAAAGGAAGAGACAUUCACGAUGUUUUGCGAAAGUUUGACAUAAAUGACGUUCAACGAUUCGAAACGUACGAAUUGCCAUGCCCUGGUCUUUUUCUCGAUUAUGAAUGUCUGCUUGAAGAACGAAUUACGUUCAAUCGGAUACCUUCCGAAUCGACUUUCGUAAGCACUGCAGCUAUUUAACUUAUUCUCCUAGCUGGAGAAAGUUUGCGCCACUGGCUGUGUGCCCGCCUGUGUGGAUAUCAGUUUCCUAAUCCGGUGCUACAAAACCUCCCGGAAUCAAAGAAGGAAAGAGAAGAAAAAAAAACUAGCUCUCUAUAUUCUGAUAAAACAGAAACUCCGAUAGAACUUGUAAGAAAAAAAAAAAAAAAAAAAAAAAAUAAUAAUAAAAACAAAUAAAUAAAUAAAUUUAUUCGAGGAUUACUAUCAAAGUUUAUUCGUUUUACGUUCGAUCGAAUCAAAUUUAAUUUGAUUCGAUUUAAUAUUAUUUUUAAUAAACAAAUGCGAAUAUUUUGCUUCUGUCAGGUUAUAUUUAUAAUAUUAUUAUUAUUCUAUCGACAAAUAUGGAUUUUUAUGUUUGAAACAACAUACCGAUAUAUAUACGUAGACGAAUUGAAUUCCGCGUUCAAGUCUCUACCUUUAAAUCAAAUCUUUAAAUGAUCAGUCUUUGAUACAGGUGAUUACGUGGUUCAAUACUAUUCUCUAGAUAGGACCAGUUUCACGAUCUUGUUAGCCACAUUAGAUGAAUGUAAAUACACACAGAUCUUAGAAUUUACCGUAUCCUGAUGGAACGAGUUACAUGACAACAACUUGGUAUAAAAGAAGUGUCAACUUUCCGUAUUCACGUUAGUUGAACGGUACACGUAUCUUAAUAUGAAGCUAUUGUUGCUUCUUGGAUUGAUCAUUCUGGUCUUUGGCCAGGAAACAAUUGUCUCUACGAGAUCUAACGACAAUAAGGAGAUAGAACAGCAAGCAACAACGAUACUCCAAGUACAACCAAACAGUCAAGAAGGCGAAGCCAACAGAAAAUUAACAAAGAGAAGCUUUGGUUGGGGUCCUUGGGGAUACGGAGGUGGUUAUGGUGGUUAUGGUUGGCCUUGGUAUGGUGGAUGGGGUGGUGGAUGGUAUGGUGGUUGGUAUCCUGGCUGGCCUUGGUGGUACGGUGGUUAUGGAGGUUGGUAUGGUCAUGGUGGAUGGUACAAAAAAUGGUAAUCUAUGAAACAUGAGCAGAUUAUCAUUAAAAAAAUACAUGCGCGUCAUCAUAUUCUCUAUAAUGAUGUCUAACUAUCCAAGAGAAGUUUAAUUCGUAAUCGUGUUUACAUCUUUAAUGAAAGGAAAGUAAUUAAAAGAUCAAGUUGAUUAAAAAUAAGUGAAAAUGACGAUUCUCUAGUUAAAUUUUAACAUGUAAAGUUAACUAGUGAAUAAGUUCAAUAUCAUUGUUUACGCAUCAUCAUGUUUAUAUAUAUACAUAUAUAUAUACAUACAUAUAUAUGUCAAUUAAUUCAUUUAUAUGUCGCAUGCUGACUAAAUAAAUAAAAUAUGGAUUCAUAGAAACAAUCGAUAUAAUUGAGAACUUUUUUAUACAUACCUUCAAUCGUUUCCUCAAGUAAGUUAUCAGUAUUUCCUCGCAUAUCGUUAAGUUUUUAUCAGUGUCCUAUAAAAAUAUAUAUAAAAUAAUCUUUAUAUAUUUACUUAUUUAUUUUUUAACUUAAUUGCACUAAAUUCUAUUUUACAAUUAUAUUAAAUAUUAACCUUUAACAUAUUCGUAAGCUCCUGAAUUUUUUGUAGUUUAGCUUGUUGCUCUUCAAAAAUUGACCGAUCAUUGCGCCCAUGAUUGACAUCUGUUGAAAACAUAGCAACAAAAGAAUAUUUUAUUAUAUUUUUUACACCUUCAAUAAACAUACGCAGAAUUUGUCUACGCAGUAGUUUACUGCAUGCUUUGACAGACAGCAGUGGUUAGAUAUUACUACGUUGCUUAGAAACCAAAAGGCAAACAAACAUUUAUUUAUAUCGUAUACUUAACAUAAGGAUAAUAUCAAAAACAAAUAUUAUUAAUAAUCUUCUAAAAAUAUAUAUAUUAUUUAUCAAUCUAAUUAAACAUUAAAAAUAUACAAUUUUAAAUUAUUAAACAUAAAUAUGUAAGUAGGGGCUACUUCUUACACGUACGUAAAUUUAUUGCCUAUUAUCAGGGAUGACCUACUCAAAUUUAUUUAUACAUUUCGUCGCUAGGUGGUGCUCAAAGACUACGAUAAUCAAUUCUAUAAAGUUCUAUAUCUUUAAUAUUACGAUAUAAAUUCUCCUUUUAAAGAUCAGAUUUUUCAUUCAUUCGUCUAAAUUAAAUAAAUUAUUUAUUUUAUGUGUAACGAUUUGAUAUGAAAUUAUUAUUUGAUAUCAUAAAUCAAAGAAGAAAUUUGCGUAGUCGUCAGUAAGAGAGUUAAAAGCGCGCCAGAUUAUU